CACUUUAAUUUGAGCCAUAUUCUGGAUAAUAAUUAAUAAUAUCUUCAAAACCCUAAUUUAAACCCCCAAAAUGUCAAAAACCUAAUUCAGUCUAUAAUUUUAUCACUUCAAUUGGGGUUCCUUUCUCAAGAUUUCUCGCUUCUCCGCCUACGAUAUGUCAAAGGUCAUGCUAGCGGAAAGUUUACCCAGGAAAGGUGCCGUUUUCGGCAGCUCCGUGGGCUUUGUACUGCAAGCUAUGGUUGUUCAGACCGCCAUUGUUGCUACAAAGUCUGCCGCUUGGUUGCUCAUGAUGAUGGGAACUCUGCCUAAUGGAAUUGGUGUCUUCAAUCAAGAGCCUGAGGCAUAUGCAGGGUUUCCGCUUACUCAGCUUAUCGGAAUGACUAAACCUGGUCCCGAGAACAAGGAUGCCAGUGACACUGAGGACGACGAUGAUGAGGAUGAAGAUGAAGCUGUGGAUGAACAAGAUGAGGAUGCAGGUGAGGAGGAAGAUGAAUCUGGUGAAGAGGAAGGGGAUCCAGAGGAUGAACCCGAGGCCAAUCGUGAUGGUGGCAGUGGAGAUGAUAAUGGGGACGACGACGACGACGAUGAUGGUGACGAAGAUGACGACGACGAGGGAGAGGAAGAGGAAGAGGAGGAAGAGGAUGAGGACGAAGAGCUUCAGCCACCAGCUAAAAAGCGGAAAUGAGCUUGGAGCUUCUCUUGUUUUUUUUUUUUUUAAUUUUUCCUUGCUGAGGUUAGGGGUAUGGUGUAGUGGGAGGUUAUUAUGGUGUCUAAGUUGAAUUAG